AAACACCAUCCACUCAUAGCAUUAAUGGCUCUCCAACCAAGCGUGGCGUAACGGCCAAUAUAACCGUCUUCCUCCAAGCCAUAGAUUAUCCCAGGUGAUCUAGUUGUUACUGACCGCAGCUAACUCAACAUUCAACAUGAAAGUUCUAGCCCUUGCCCUGCUGACCUGCCUGUCGACCCUGCAGACUGAGGCCACUCAAUGCACGGACGCCUGUCUCGGACUCUGCCAGUUGCAGGAGAACGUUUGCAACAGCGCCGAAAUCCCGGUCUUCAAGCAGUCGUGCAUGAAGCAGGUGGAGACCUGCAAGGCCGUCUGCACCACCACCUGCGGCUGUGUCGACACCUGCAUGACGGAGAGCGCCAAGGUGAGGGACGAGUGUAACGUAGAGGCCGCCGACAACGUGCUCAAGCAAGUCGGCUGCUACUUCAAGGGUCUGUUUGCCGAGAACACGUGCCGGGGCCAGUGUUUUGGUGAGAAGGCCAAGGAGGCGCUCCAACCACUGCUGGCUCAGCUCAUGCAGGCCCUUGGGGGUCUUUUCGGCCAGGGUGGGGCUCCGCCAGCAGCGGCUCCCUGAAGCCACAGGUGAAAGGUCACUGUAUUCAAUGAAAUAAAUGUGACUGAGCUCAA